UCUCUCGAACUUCUUUUCUACAAUCACCACAAGAGAUCUCUCGAACGUGGAAAGAAAAGAGGCCCAGACCAAGACAGAGGUAAAGGUGCUCGAUCGGCCUAACUCUUCGCACGCCAACUGACCUGGUGCAGUUGUGAGUGAGAUGAAGAGAUGGUAAAUCUCAGGUGCGAACAAAUCCAACAUCUACCUGGGCAAACUGGUUGUUGAGUACGAUCUCUCAAGCACACAAAAACACGACUCCAAGUCGCUUUUUUUCGCUUCGCGCCUCAACUUCGGGCCUCGAGAACUUCAGUUGGUGUUGAGCAUUGAUCGAGUGCAACCAUGCGCGAUCCCGCGAUCGUCUUGCGCAACUUUCUCAGAGUUUUCACGUGAAAAGUCCAUCCCCUUGGUCAAUAAGGGAAGAAUUGGCGGGAAAAUCUUAUUGAAUGCACUUGAUUUUUUUUUUGAAUUUGAAUUCAAAGCCAAAAGUUUUUUUCGACAAUUGAGGUGAUCGUGAUCUCAAGUGUUUGUCGAUGCUGAGGCUAAAAACAUUCUUCGAGGCAACUUUCUAUUCCAGUUGUGACUGUCACAAAAAUCUUUAUUGCACAAAAUCUCAGCACUGGAGAAUAAAACCGCAGUCUUGUGAAAUAAAUCACUAAAGCGAAUGGUAUUUUGAACCGUUUGGUACAUUCAAAACGGAGUUAUUAUCACAUGAAACUUCUUCCAGUAUUCUUGUAAUAGUAAGCUAAACAACUAAAGAACGUAAUUUGUGUCGAGACACUGGAACAAAAAAAAUAAUAAACAAAUGACAUAAUCGAUUGACGGAUCGCGUCUCUUAAAGAGUUUUUCCUCAAAGAAUUUUUAUGGGAAUUUUGUGUGAAUAGAAGGCAUUAAAUGCCCUUUCAGUUAGAAACACAUCAAAAAAAAAAUAUUUUAAAGAGUUUUUCGGGUGCUAGAGUGUGUGCGUAACAAGUGGUCGAGCUGAAGAGAUUGACCCUAAAUCCCCCAAGGAUUACGGAUAAGUGCAUUCCAAGGAAAUAAAUUAAAGAAAAAGAAAAAUAAAUCCAUAGUGGGCACAAGUGCUUCUGUCCUGAUUUCUAUUUUGGGCAGGACGAAGUGAGUGAAUUAGUGGAUGUGUGAUGAUGGGAUAAUGUUUGCAUUAUGAGAGGAUACCUAUUUGUGGGGCUCUUUGUGCUUCAUCUCGCGGUGGAGUCUCUGGGGGCACUUGAACGUGUCCAGAGGCCCGAAGGGAAGCGCUUCGACAGGCCACGGAAGCACCAGCAACAUCAACUAACCACGGAUUUGGCGCCAAAAGUGCAACAGGAUGACAAACAACCAUCGGAGUUUGUCAAGGGCAAAAUUUGCAUCGGAACAAAUGGCCGAAUGUCUGUACCAUCGAAUCGGGAUCAUCACUAUCGGAAUCUUCGCGAUCGCUUCACAAAUUGCACAUACGUCGAUGGGAAUCUGGAGCUGACAUGGCUUCAAGAUACCAAGCUGGAUCUGAGCUUCCUGCAAAAUAUUCGUGAGGUCACAGGAUACGUUCUGAUCAGCCAUGUGGACAUCCAACAAAUUGUUCUACCAAAAUUGCAAAUCAUCCGUGGUCGAACGUUGUUCAAACUCAACAUCUCUGACCAAGAAUUCGGCCUCUUUGUCACGUACUCCCAAAUGCAUACCCUGGAAAUGCCCUCGUUAAGAGACAUCCUCUCAGGAUCUGUUGGUAUCUUCAAUAACUACAACCUCUGCCACAUGCGCACGAUUGACUGGGAAGAGAUCAUCUCUGGACCAAAUGCCUCAAUGCACUACAUGUACAACUUUACAUCGCCAGAGCGUCAGUGUGUUCCCUGCCAUCCCAGCUGCCAGGCCGGCUGCUGGGGAGAGGGUCCUCACAAUUGCCAGCAAUUCAGUAAGACUACCUGCUCACCCCAAUGUGCCCAGGGAAGGUGCUUCGGACCCAAACCCCGCGAAUGUUGCCACUUGUUCUGCGCUGGAGGUUGCUCAGGUCCCACCCAGAAAGACUGCCUGGCUUGCAGGAAUUUCUAUGAUGACGGAGUGUGCAAACAGGAAUGCCCACCCAUGCAGAAGUACAAUCCUACGAACUACCUGUGGGAACCAAAUCCAGAUGGCAAGUACGCCUAUGGAGCCACUUGUGUCCGAAACUGCCCUGAACAUCUGCUUAAAGACAAUGGUGCUUGCGUGAGGACCUGCCCACCUAACAAAAUGGCUAAGAAUGGAGAGUGCGUGCCGUGCAAUGGAGCUUGCCCUAAAACUUGUCCAGGACAGGGAAUUGUUCAUUCUGGGAAUAUUGACUCCUUCAGGGGUUGUACGGUUAUUGAGGGAUCUCUUGAGAUUCUUGAACAGACUUUCAAUGGAUACCAGCAUGUUUUUGCCAAUUUUUCUUUCGGUCAGAGGUUUAUUAGGCUUCAUCCGGAUCGAUUGGAGGUCUUCUCGACACUCAAGGAAGUCACGGGGUACAUUAACAUUCAGGCUGAUCAUGAACACUUUACGAAUCUCUCCUAUUUCCGCAAUCUCGAAGUCAUCGGCGGGCGACAACUAAUGGAGAACUACUUUGCAUCGCUCUACAUAGUCAAGACUUCUCUGAAGUCACUUGAGCUUCAGUCACUCAAAAGGAUCAAUUCAGGAGCGGUGGUGAUCCUUGAGAAUAAGAAUCUCUGCUUUGCCGAAGACAUUAAAUGGAAUAAAGUCAAAAAAUCAACUGAUCAUGAUUUUGUCGUGAGCGCCAACAGAAAUAAGACUGAAUGUGAAAUUGAGGAUCAGGUGUGUUCGGAUCAGUGCACAUUGACAGGAUGCUGGGGUGCUGGACCGAAUCAGUGUCUGGAGUGCAGAAGUUACAAAUACAAUGACACUUGCUUGGCCAGCUGCAAGAGUCUUCCAGGGAUUUACGAAGUGAAUCACACAACUUGCGGCACAUGUCAUCCGGAAUGCAAGAACUCCUGUCGUGGAGCUGGAGCUGACAAUUGUACAGAAUGCGUCAAUGUUAGGGAUGGAAACUUCUGUGUGGCCAAGUGUCCAGAAUCCAAAUACAGUGCUAAUGGGAUCUGCAAGCCUUGCCAUGACACCUGCAUUGGAUGCACAGGGCCUGAGAACACCAUCAAUGCUAAUGGAUGCAAGACCUGCCACAAAGCCAUUAUUAACGGAGAUGCCACGAUUGAGAGGUGCCUGGGACGCAAUGAAGCAUGUCCAGAGGGCUAUUUCUCCGAAUGGGUCAUGUCUCAGGAGCAAGGACCUCUGCGUCUGCUGGCCAACAAGCCCAUCUGCCGUCGAUGCCAUCCGCGGUGCAAGAAGUGCUCCGGAUAUGGCUUCCACGAGCAUGUGUGCCAGGAAUGCGCUGGCUACAAACGUGGAGAACAGUGCGAAGAUGAAUGCCCAACGGAUCACUACGUUGACGAGGCCACGCGGGAGUGCUUCCCGUGCCAUCUGGAGUGUCGAGGCUGCACUGGACCGACUGAGGCACACUGCUCAGACUGUCGCAACUACAAAUUGUUCGGAAAUGGAGAUCCAGCAAACAAUGCCACCGCUUUCAACUGUACAGCUGCCUGCCCAAGUGACUUCCCCUAUCAAAUGUUUGACUUUGGGCCAUACUGCUCGGCCAGCAAUGUCUAUCAAUUGUCUGAUGAUGAGUUCAUGAAGAAGAUCCUGUCCUUCGUUGGAAUUGUUAUUCUGGCCAUCACGGUGCUGAUAGCUGUAGGCUGUGUUUGGCGUUGUUGCCAGAAGCAGAAGGCCAAGGAGGAGACAGUGAAGAUGACAAUGGUUCUGGCCGGCUGUGAAGACAGUGAGCCCUUGAGACCAUCCAAUGUUGGACCAAAUCUCGCCAAGUUGAGGAUUGUUAAGGAGGCUGAACUGCGUCGUGGUGGCAUUUUGGGAAUGGGUGCUUUCGGACGGGUGUUUAAAGGUGUCUGGAUACCAGAGAAUGAAAGUGUCAAGAUUCCUGUCGCCAUUAAAGUCUUGACAGAGAUGUCCGGAUCAGAGAGUAGCAAGGAAUUUCUUGAUGAAGCUUACAUUAUGGCGUCUGUUGAGCAUCCGAAUUUACUGAAGCUCCUAGCUGUCUGUAUGACAUCUCAGAUGAUGCUGAUCACUCAGCUGAUGCCCCUGGGUUGUCUCUUGGACUAUGUAAGGACCAAUAAGGAUAAAAUCGGCUCGAAGGCCCUACUGAACUGGUCAACACAAAUCGCCAGGGGAAUGGCCUAUCUGGAGGAACGUAGCAUUGUUCACAGGGAUCUUGCAGCAAGAAAUGUCCUCGUGCAAACUCCAUCUUGUGUCAAGAUCACAGACUUUGGACUAGCCAAACUUCUGGACGUUGGAACCGAUGAGUACAAGGCUUCCGGAGGAAAGAUGCCCAUCAAGUGGCUAGCGCUGGAAUGCAUAAGGAAUCGAGUUUUUACAAGCAAAAGUGAUGUAUGGGCCUUUGGAGUGACAAUCUGGGAACUUCUGACAUUUGGAGCUCGUCCAUAUGAAGAGUACUCAGCUAAGGAGGUUCCAGAAGCCAUUGAGGAGGGAUACCGACUGAAACAACCUGACCACUGUUCCUUGGACAUCUACGUCAUUCUCCUGCGAUGCUGGGACGUCAAUGCCGAAGCACGGCCUCAUUUCAAGGAUCUCGUGCAGGACUUUGCAGACAAGGCUCGAGAUCCUGGACGCUACCUCAGCAUCGACGGGGACAAAUUCAUGCGCCUGCCUUCGUAUAUGAGUCAGGAUGAACGCAAUCUUAUCCAAACCCUCGCACCUGCCAUGGAUGGUCCUGAGCCCAUCGUCGAAGCUGAGGAGUACUUACAACCUAAGACCCGACCUUCAGUUCUCUUCCCCACUGUCGAACCAGCCGAAGAGGCUCCGUCAACACUGAGAUACUGCAGUGAACCUUUGAAGAAUUCAUCAGGAGAUGACGAAACUGAUUCCCAUACGCGUGAAGUAGGAGUCGGGAAUUUGCGCCUCGAUUUACCACUCGAUGAGGAUGACUACCUUAUGCCCACGUGCCAGAAUGGAGCUGCUGCAGCUCCUGGCUACAUGGAUCUCAUCAAUGUGCCACCCAGCAGUGUGGAUAAUCCUGAGUAUCUCAUGGGUGCUGCAGCUGCAGCUGCUGCAACGCCACCCGCUGCAAAUCCUGCUCCUACGCAAACCAUUGGGAUUCCAGUGGCACCGACUGAGGUCGAGGCUGCGUCUGACCAUGAGUACUACAACGACCUCCAACGCGAACUGCAGCCGCUACACAGGAGUGAGACGACUGUAUGAGCCUCAGCAGCGGCUCAGCCGCUUCCCAAGUGCCUUUUAACCCAAGUGCCUGCCCCACAGUCUCGUGGUAUAAGAGAUCUUGAAUCGAAUCAAUAGUCAAAAGUUGAGACUCCGGGAAGAAGGCAUUGCUCUCCAGUAGGUAAUUUUAUUCAGAGUUGUUUUUACAGGUUCAGGACCUUCAGUGAUCUUUUCGAAAGCUGUUAACGUUUUUGAAAGGAAGUAAUUGGUUUCGAAAGGAUUCAAUGGAGAUCGCAAUGAUCUUUUCAGAGGCAAAAAAUAUUUUCGAAAGGAUCGAAGGAUUUCAAUGAUCUUCUCGAAAGCAAUAUGUGUUUUCGAAAUGCUUCAAGGAUCUGAAAGAUCCUUUCGAAGGCUAAAAACUUUUUCAAAAAGAUCAAUGGAUUUUCAGCAUUCGAAAGUUGAUAACGUUUUCGAAAGGAUUCAGGGAUCUCAAUGAUCUUUUUCGAAAGGAAGUAAUUGGUUUCGAAAGGAUUCAAUAGAGAUCGCAAUGAUCUUUUCAGAGGCAAAGAACAUUUCCGAAAGGAUCGAAUGAUAUCAAUGAUCUUUUCGAAAGCAAUAAGUGUUUUCGAAAUGCUUCAAGGAUCUGAAUGAUCUUUUCGAAGACUGAAAACGUUUUCAAAAAGAUCAAUGGAUUUUCAGCAUUCGAAAGCAGUUAACGUUUUCGAAAGGAUUCAGUGAGCUCAAUGAUCUUUUCGAAAGGAAGUAAUUGAUUUCGAAAGGAUUCAAUGGAGAUCGCAAUGAUCUUUUCAGAGGCAAAAAACAUUUUCGAAAGGAUCGAAUGAUUUCAAUGAUCUUUUCGAAAGCAAUAAGUGUCUUCGAAAUGCUUCAAGGAUCUGAAAGAUCUUUUCGAAGGCUGAAAACGUUUUCAAAAAGAUCAGAUCAGAUCGAAAGCAGUUAACGUUUUCGAAAGGCUCUAAGCAUCUGAAUGCUGUUUUCGAAAGAAGUCAGCAUAUUUGAAAGCAUCCAAUUAAGAUAUCAAUGAUCUUUUCAAAAACACGAAACGUUUUCGAAAAUUAUCCAUAAGGAUCUCAAACGACUACUCAAAAUGUUUUCAAAAGUGCUUUAUAGAGAUCUUUUCAAUGACAGGAAAGGUCUUCGAUAAUUCUGGACUCAAUGGCAUUUUCGAAAAUAGUAAAAGUUUUCGAAAGUCACUUUCGCAAACGGAAUCUAGAAACCAAUUUUGACAUCUAAAUCCGAAAACGGAAACCGUUUUUAUUUUCAAUCUAUAAUUAUUUUUAAAAAUCUGAAUUAAGAACAUUUUUUAGUUUCUACAACAUAUUUAAAUAUUUUAAAAUUUAAGAGAGCAUUGUCGCAUUAUUUCCACCACGAGACUGUACUCUGAAUGACAUUCAUAACUAGUACUUAAGGCCUUAAGAAACUACAAGUUAAUAAUUUAUUUCGUAGUCGAGAAGCACAAUUUCCUCAACCGGUAAAUUUUGUUCUGAACAAAUGUGAGGACACGGUGGGAAAGAACACGAAAAGAACUAUUUGCUAUAUUCAAAAAAAAAAAAGGAAAAAAAAACAAUAUCUUAAAAGCAACGUUACGUUUUGCCCAAUAUUUUUGCAACAAAAGUGAAAAACGUUUAGUUCAAAUGUAUUUUAACUACUUCUAACAAUUUUAAUAAUAUUUUUUUUUAUAUAAUUAAAGAAAAAAAUCUAUGCAAUGUAUAAGCAGCUAUUUUUACAACAGUUCAUUUUUUUUUAAUACUUAGAGCAACUUACGUAGGAAAACAAUCUGUGAUAUAAGUGUAUAAAAAAUUGAGUAAUUUAAUAUUUUCCCCCAUCCUGAUUAAUUUGUAAAGUUUCCUAGGAUUCUAAGAGUUGAAAAGGGUUAAAAAGAAAACAUCUCUUACUAUUUCUACUUACAAAUUGCUCUGUGCACAUUAGAGCGAUCUCAUCGACAAAGAUCGUGCAUGGAGCGCCUUUAGGAUCAAAAUACUACAAAAUACUUUUAUCUAAUCAAUGCAACGAAAUUUUCAUACAGAUUCUCACAUAAAGUGCACCUAACUUGCCUAAACUACAAAAAAUAUUCAUUUUAAAACUUUACAAAAUCAUCAUUUUAAUAAGAAAAAAAAAAUAAUUGGAAAGUUAAACAUUUGUGAGAGACUUCAAGAACAUUUGUAAAUACUUCAAUAGUAAAAAAAAGAAAAGUUGAUAAAAGAAAAAAUGUGUUAUGAGAGAAUAAUACUGUGCCAUUUGAUGAUAAGGAACUUUUUAUUUAGAUUGUACAUUUUUAAUUUGUCUUAAAUGUGAACUGAAAGGUAAAUUUCUCAGAAUGGAGAAAGGAAAAUAUACCGUGAACAUUGUAAGGUGGAAAUGGCACAUUUUUACUGAUUUAAACUUAUCUAAUGGUGUAAAAAUAAAUAGUGAUAAUAAAUUAAAAAUAAAUAAAAAAAA